UGCAUCCAUGGCUUCGAACCGGAAGCAGGUCCUCGAGGAAGAUGCGUACGUCGAGGCGCUGGACGCGAUCAUCGAGCGGGACUUCUUCCCGGAUCUGCCCAAGCUUAAGUACCAGACCAUGUGGCUCGAUGCUCUGGCCACGAAGAACGCGGCCUUGAUCGCUCAAGUUCGCCAGUACAUUGCCAACGACCAGCAAAAGCGCCCGCAGACGAAGACGAGCUCAAGGUCACAGCUAGAGGGCCUUACAGGCAGCAGCAAACGCAAGCGGGCAGACGACGAGGGCGCAUCGGCGUGGGACGUUCCGACACCGCCACGCACCUCCAGCGACAUUGAGGAGCCUACCGAAGACGAUGCUACCGUCGGUGACGCCGGCGAAGCGCCAAGCAAAGCAACCGCAACGAUGACAUUGAACCACUUCUUGGCAACGCACACGUCCGAGGACAAUGCAGCGUUCGAGGAGCUGCAAGAGAAGGCCGUCGCCGAGCACAAGAAGAAGUACCACUGGGCGUUCGACGAUGACCACGCGACUACGCGCUUGCUCCUGCUACCUGAUGGCACCAAGAUGACACAGGAGCGACGGCUCCUCAUGGACAAAGCAUGCGACACAAAGCUCGCCUUGGAAGACUCCCGACCUGUCGCGCCCGACACGUGGACCUUCCGCGCCCGUAACCAGCUGCUCUUUCCGCCCGACCUCGAGACGUCACGGGCCAUCUGCAAGCUGGAGGCAACGACGACGGGCGACGUGCUCUUGCUUGAGAAUGGCACGCUCCCAGCCCCGGAUCGUGCGCUGACCAAAUCUCUUCGGACGGGCGCGGUGGCCAAGAAGCCGAUGGAAACUGUGUACGCCAACUCGCGCUUCUCGUCUGCGUUCCUCGCGAGCCAAGAAUUGCCGCCCGACAUUGCCCCCGCUGCGCCACUGGACUUGGUCGAGAUGACGCCGCUCAUUGUACCUGGCGACGGGAAUGAAUCGCCGCUCAUGACAUGGGGCGACAUUGCGGCGACACCGAUGAUCCUCCCGAGCGAGACGCCCGCCCACCGCCCCGUCUUUGAAAUCAAGGACAAGUCCAAGCGAGAAAAGCUCGCGCUCGCCAUGGACGCAAAAAACAAACAGCGCAUGAAGGCCAAGAAGACGCCGACGCCGUUCCGAUCGACGCCAGGACGCGGCAAGGCGACUCCGACGCCGCUUCUCAGUGUCUUCCGCGCCGGUGCGUUCUCGGAGCUCCGAGCCAGCUACGCCACGCCGCUUCGUUCGUCAAGCAAGAGCAACCCCCCUAAAAAGUGAACUCUCUCUUGUCUUCUUGAACACUC